AUGGCUGCGAGAAGUUUACUGAUGGCCGUAUGGCUUUUGGCUCUGCCUCUUCUCUCAUGGGCACAUGUCGUUAUCGUGUAUCCCGGCUGGCGCGGCGACAAUCUAAUCACCAACGCGACGUUCCCAUACGGCAUGCAGUGGAUGUAUCCCUGCGGUGGUCACCCUGCGACAACAAACCGCACCUUCUGGCCCACGACGGGAGCGCCCAUAUCGUUCCAGCCCGGCUGGUUCGUGGGCCAUGCGACGGCGAUGCUGCAGGUCAACCUGGGCAUGGGCAGUGACGGCCCCGAUGGCGGACCGCUGCACAUGGAGCACCAGAUUGUGCCCAAGUUUGGCAUUCUCGGCCCCAGCAACAACCCCUUCCCGGGCACCAUCUGUUUGGACCAUGUGACGGUGCCGACUGAUAUCGGCGUCAAGGCGGGAGUCAAUGCCACGAUCCAGAUUGUCAUGUCAGCACAGCACGGCGCCGCGCUGUUCUCGUGCGUCGACAUCACCUUUGUCGAGCCGGGCGACAAACGGAUCCCGCCGGUCAACGGCACCAACUGCUUCAACUCUUCCGACAUUGGAUAUUCAGACAUUCAUCUCGCCACCAUCUCCACGGGCGUGGAUCUUGGCGAUCUUGGCGAGCUGAAGAUGUGA